AUGUCUUACUGGGUCUGCUGCAAUUCCUGCUUUUUUCCCCCAAGUGCUGACCGUAAACUUGCGGUCACAACAUGUGGCCAUGUCAUCUGUAGUGUCUGUUAUCAGAAAGGGUUCUUUCAGGCCAAACAGGCAUGUGUUUAUAUCUGCUGUGCUAAGUGCCGAGUGUCACCACUCUCUGACAAAAGCAACCCUGAAGUGAAGGCCUUGUUUUCAGACAUCAGCGUUGUGGCAACCAAGCACUUAACGGAAAUGAGCAAAGUUAUAAUGUUCCAGGCAAGACAUCAAAAGAGGCUCUUGACUCACUACCAGCAAAGGAAUGAGAAGCUAGAGGAGUUAUUAGUCGGGAUGAAGCAAGAAAUGCAGCAGAUGACAAAGAAGCUGAGCGAACAGAGUGCCUACAUUACUAAGCUGGAAAAUGCACUAAGCCUCAGAGGUACCAAAGCUUCAUCUGUGCAUCAUAUCAGCCACAGUUCCCAUACUCCACAAGAACAUAAACCAGUCCUACAGAUUCUAUAUAACUCCUCUGUCCUCUCACGACACUCUUCAGCCACUAAUAUCACUGAAAACAUGGAGGUGGAUGAAAGGAGUCUGUUCAGGAAGUAAGUCCCAUUACUUCACUCGCCGUCUGGUAUCAUUAUCAGUUCUCCACAAGAUGGACGAACUGGCACCAUCCCUCACAGAUCGUCCAAUCCAAACAUGUUAGCCAGUCACUCAACAUGCUCGGCCACAGUGAGCGUUUUCCCUGGAGCACCUUUGACACCAGACGUGUCAUACGGCCAGAGUUCUGGAUGGAGGUCUCCAAUCUUCAGACCUCCGUCCUCCUUCAGACACUCUAUGUCCUCCUGGUCUGCCCACCUCCUUAACAAACACACACACAAAAACUCCCUAGAUGAAGUACCGACUACCUAAAACAAAUCAACCACCCUGUUUGUAUGUUGAUUUUACCCAUACACCUGUGGAAUUCUCAGGCACAAUUAAAUGUAUUUAACUAACCCAAGAUGCAUUCUUAUGUACAUCGUUUACUAAACCCAAAAUUGAAGGUUGUUAUAUUGUUUUCAGUCUACUAAUUCAAUAAAAA